AUGCGGAGCCUCCGCAGCCUGCGCUUGGCGGCUGGACAUUGCUUUAGGUUAUAUGAAAGAAAUGCUUCUUCUUCUCUAAGGUCUACCAGAAACACUGACUUGAAGAGGAUCAAUGGAUUUUGCACCAAGCCACAAGAAAGUUCCAAAGCUCCAACCCAAUCUUACAGACACAGAGUGCCCCUGCACAAACCCACGAACUUCGAGAGGAAGAUACUGUUGUGGUCAGGACGCUUCAAGAAGGAGGAAGAAAUCCCGGAGACAAUCUCAUUUGAGAUGCUUGAUGCUGCAAAGAACAGGCUCCGGGUGAAGGUCAGCUAUUUAAUGAUUGCCCUGACAGUGGCAGGAUGCAUCUAUAUGGUUAUUGAGGGUAAGAAGGCGGUGAAAAGACAUGAGUCUUUAACAAGCUUGAACCUGGAAAGGAAAGCCCGCCUGAAAGAGGAGGAAGCUAUGAAGGCCAAAACAGAUUAGAAGGAUUUGUGCUGGAUUUGGAAAACCUGGGAGUGAGGUUGUAGUA